UGAGGUGUGAAUCCGGUGAAAUUCAAAGACACGUCCUACGAGGGCGGCGCCAAAUUCUUAAGGUCUAGCCACGUAGACAAAGCCUUGUUACUGGUACGGAACGGUGGCUUGUUUGAGUGCGCGAGCUGCACCUUCCUUCAUUCAGCUUCACUUUCGGCGCUCGGUUCUCUUUUGUAUUCAAUUCUCUUAAAAGACAGUUACACUUCCCCAGUUUUUUCUGCUCUACGCUGCGCCUUGUUUUCCUGAAAUCAAUCUGCACUGUUCCUCAGAAUCAGCUUCUUCCGUCACUCGCGUAUUCCGUUGGUUUUACGUUUGUGUUUACAAUAUAAUCAAUCGAACAAUCUUCAUUCUUCAUUUUGUUGAUAAUCGUGCAUUGAAUCGAUCAUGAAAGCUAGGUUAGUAGUGUUUCCAAUCAGAGGCAGGAACUGGUGCUUCAGCCGAGCGAUCGAGUCAUCACAAUCGGAAGCUCAGUCUUCAAAUACUCCUUCUACAUUCAAAGACCUCUGGAGAAAGAUCUCCAAAUCUACUCAUGACUCCUCGAAAGCUAAUCUCGAACUCGUCAUUGAUUUCGCCUCCAAUAAGAUGAAUAGAGCUUGGAGUAAUUUGGAAAAAGCACCGGAAGGAAGUUUAAAGAACAAACUUCACGGGCUAGGGUUGCGGCUUCUCUCUCGUGUUAAGCCUUCGGAGAUCUUUUUGAAAUCCAUUCCUAAGGAGGUAACGCGUGUGGACAUUACCUAUCCCUCAAGUUUAAAUGGACGGCUUGUUCGACGGAGGCUACGUCAUAUUGCCUCGAGGGGGGCUAUCAUCCACAAGAAGUAUUUGUAUGGAUCAGUUAUAUUGCUUCCACUGACAUCAGUUUUCAUGGUGCUACCCUUGCCUAAUAUACCAUUCUUUUGGGUCUUAUUUCGGACAUACUCUCACUGGAGAGCUCUUCAGGGAAGUGAAAAACUUCUUCAAUUAGUUACAGACAGCUCCUAUCACCAGAAGUCAGAUGAAGGAACAACAGACAAGAGUACAAACACAAAAGAUGACCCGCAGAGAGCGAACAGCUGUCGUCCACCAUGGGUAUUACUGCCAUCCGAAGACCUUCAAAAGCUUAUUCGAUCUGCAGAAGCAAAUAAUAGUCUAAGUGAGCCGAUCAUAUCUGAUAUCUGCCAGAGAUUUAGCUUGAACACAAUGGAUGUUAUUAAGUACAGAGAUUCACUAUAGCUGAAUGUACCAAUUGCUGCAGUUCGUUCCAUAUCAAUGAGCUAACAGUUUAUGAGAAUUUGAAUGACUGGAGCAACUUCUUAGAUGCUUAAGGCUAUGGGGAACCAAGAAAUUUCAUUAGUUUUAGCAAGUACUUAGGAAAACUCAACAAAAUGCUGAUCUCCUGUAUUUUUUUCUGGAGGCUGGGAAGGUGCCCAGCUGGUUCAGAUAGCUCUGCCUCUAUGCAUUUGUUACCUUGUGACAUCUCUUGGAACCGACAUAGCAAGAAUGACAACGUUAUGACAAACAUUAUCUGCAUCGUUGCCACUGACUAACAAACAUGUUACCCAUAAGUUUCCUUGAUUCAAUUGUCUUUCCUGUGAUAAUAUUUUCCUUGAACUAUAGCUUGGUGUAGUGAACGUGAUAGUUGUAUUUCUUUAUUUUGUUUUAGCAGUUGCUAAGAAGCUUUGUUUCAAAAUUGUAGCUUCAUGAACCAACCUUUAUUAAAGCGUUUAGGUGCUUGACCAUGAAUGUUAGAUUGAUUGGUAGUUUUA